AUGUGGACCUCGAUUGCUAAACAUGACACAUAUAAUGGGUCCUUUCCGUUUUACGAUCGACUUCUCAAAUACCCAGAAUCUUUAGACGAAAUCUUCAUGAACCAACCUGGUGUUGAAGCUUUGAAUGCAGAUUAUCAAAUUCCUGAGCUUGUUGUCCCGAGUUCUAAAGUUCGAGCAACGUUUUUCUUGACGAAAGAGAGAAUCAGUUCGAUGAAGAAAUGGGUAUCCAUUCAACUUCCAACAUCUGGAUACAUAUCGUCGUUUUCAGUAGCAUGUGGUUAUGUAUGGAGUUGUAUAGCUAAAUCUCGUGUUGGGUUUCAAGAAAGAAACGAUGAAGAUGAUCAGUUGGAAAGGUUUGUAUGCUUAGCGAAUUGGGUUGUCACUUCCGGUGAAACAAAUGGAUGCUUUUCUUGA